AUGCAGUAAUAAUAAUAGCAAUUACGAUCAUCUUAAAUUAGAAGGCAAUCGUCCAACAGUGCACUUGAUGAGCCAUUCCUCAAAUUCUUAGCUGAAAGCAAUUAUUUGGAGAGUGAACAAUCAUCCCAAGAAAAACAUCAAAAAUUAACAAAAUGCAAAACUGAACAUUCUCUUUAGCCAAUUUAGUUCAUCAACUCUAAUUCAUUUACUGUUAGCGAUAAAAAGGUAUGUUCAAAUUUAAAAAUUGUAGUUUUCAUUCCCGACAAAUGAAAUUCUUGAAUGGGAAACUCUAUAAAUAACUUUGCCACCAGAAGUUUAUCAAUUUCUAUUGUUUAUGAAAACCCAAUGUAGCAAUGGUACCAUCGUUUACACAAACGAAUAAAUAUAAGGUUUGUUAGAUGAUAGUAAAGUAAUCAUGUAUAAUUAGAUAUAUUUAAAAUAGUAAAAAUUAAUUAGAUUUUUUUUAAAAAUUGAUCGAUAAAGGAUGGAUAUCAAAAACAACGAGAUUAUUUAAUGAUAUGGCAAUUAACUUUUAUGCAUUAUCAGUUAAGAAGUUAACCUAUGAAAAUUUAGUUUGGAUUAUUAGAUCCAUCAAAAGAGAUUUAAUCACUCCAACUGAAAGAUUGGUACAAAGUAGAAUCAAAGAAUGCUAUGGUUUGAAGUACAAUCGAAUAGAAUGGGAACUUGUUAUGAAUUAGCUAAAAUCUCAAAAACAAUAAAUUAAAUUCCGUUCUUCCAAUGGAAAGCUAAUUGAAUUGCCAUUGCUCUCAGUCAAGAACAUUAAGGAUCCAUUGAUACAAGAAGAAACAUAUGGAAUUUAUAUUUAUUAACAAAAUUGGAUUGUGGAAGAUGAAUUUCAACCAGAAUUAGAUAAAAAAUAGGAAUGGACUAUAUUUAUAGAAUUUUUAAUGGAUUUUUUUGCUAAAACAAAUGCUUAGAAUAAUAAAAUCUUAAAAGGAGGUAGAUAUGGUUGUGCUCAAUUCAUUAAGUUAUUAGGACCUAAGAAAUUAAGAGAAUUAUCACUUGGUAGACUAACACUCUAUGUCUAAAUGGCAGUUAAUAAAAAUUAUAUUAGAUACAACAAAACCAUUUUGAUACAAGAAAGUAGAGAAAAAUCAGAACAUACAACUGAUAGCUCUGUUGAUGGUGAUCCUUAAAUUAAGAUAAGAGUCUAGGAAUUAUAGGAUCAAUUGAUAGAGUUGCUAUUGGACAAUCCAGAUGGGUAAGAUCUAAUAAUUAAAUAAGAGUGUAUCGUUGGCAUAAAUACCUACAUUAUUAAAAGAAAGAGUCAAUUUUGAAUUGAAUUUGAUUGAAUUGGGAUUUCCAAAACUCAAGAAUUUCAUUGAAAGUGUUAAGGAUGUCAUUACAAUUGAAAACAGCGGUCGAAAUAAUUUUAUUGCUAAAUUGAAUUACUCUAAGUUGCCAAAAAAAUAUUAAAGUAUUUUUCGAAUCAUAAUAUAUAUAGAGCACAAAUAAAGUGAAUCAUUUAAUUAGAAGUAUAUUUUCACUGUCUUAUAAAUGAUAAAAACCAUAUUGAGUAAACACAAAUAUGGAAUCAGCAUUAAUUAGCUAUACUAUGAUUUAUCUUAAUAAUUGGGAGAAUGGUUUAAUUAUUAAAGGUUUUAAUGCUAAAGCUUUUUUUAAUUUUUAUAAAAUUAUGCUGAAAAUAUUUUAGUGAUUGUUUGUUAGAAAGGAAAUCAAUACUUAAUUUACGAACGAGACUUAAGAUUUCUACCACCUCCAUAACCAACUUAAGAUAUUAAUGAUCAAUAGUUUGAAUAUAUCUUAAGCGAAGCCUUUCAAUGUAGUUUAGGCUUAUCAAUACCAUAAUCUAGUUUCUCAAGUAGUUGGCUUGGCAAGGUUGGAGAUUCUUAAAUUAGAUAAAAGUCACCUCCUCGGAUUGAAGAUUCUCAUCAAGAAAUUAAAGACAAUCUCAAAUUUAUUGAUGAAUUAUUAGGUAUAAUAUCUAUUUAGUAUUUAGGAAAUGAAAAUAAGUAGAAUGAUACUUAUUCCAUCCAAGAUUGGUCUGAAAAAUCUAUGAAUCCUUUAGGAAUGAUAAGCUCAAUUAAUUAUGGACAUAGUGAAAUACAAGAUUUUGAUCUAACAAAAGAAUUACAACAAUAAAAUUAAGAUAUAAAGAAAAAAUGA